AUGCCUUGCUCUUCAAAGCAUCUACAUCUCACAUUUGAGCCAGACAUUCAGGCCCAGAGCGAGAUACAGGACCUGGAAGUAUCACAUGUUCUCAUAGCUGAGGUGAAGAAAGAGACUUCCUCUAUGUCCUCUUGCUCUUUUAACUUCUCCUACCCCUCCACUGCCUCCUCCCUGUGUUCCUCUCCUGUGAUCCCAGUCUUCCUAGAGGAGGAGAAGGAAGAGAAGCCUGCUGCAACACUGAGUCCUCUCCAGAGUCCUCAGAGCUCCUGCUCCUUAUCCACAUCAUGGAGCACAUCAGAUGGAGUCUCAGACAGCCCAGGAGAAGAAGAUACAAGUUCACUGAAGACAUCAACAGACAUUGCAUCUUUGCCUAGAGACCCACUAUAUGAGAAAGUGGUUGAUUUGGUGCAUUUCAUGAUCUUCAAGCAUCAAUUGAAGGAGCCCAUCACAAAGGUAGAAGUGCUGAAGGUUGUCAUUAAAAGGUACAAGAAACAACUCCCUGUGGUCUUCAAGAAAGCUUCUAAGUUUUUGGAGGUGAUCUCUUGCAUUGAUGUGAAGGAGGUGGACCCAACCACCCACUUCUAUGUCCUUGUCAACUCAUUGGAGCUUACCCAUGAGGAGAUGCUUAGUGACAACCAGAGCAUGCUUAAUAACGGUCUCCUGAUAAUCAUCCUGGGUGUGAUCUUCAUGGAGGGCAAUUGUGCCCUUGAGGAAGACAUCUGGGAUUUUCUGAAUAUAAUGGGAGUGUAUGCUGGGAGGGAGAAUUUCAUUUAUGGGGAGCCCAGGAAGCUCAUCACCAGAGAUUGGGUGCAGGAGAAUUACCUGGAGAUGCCUAACAGGGAUCCUCCAUGCUAUGAAUUCCUGUGGGGUCCCAGGACUCAUGCUGACACCAGUAAGAUGAAAGUGCUGGAAUUUUUGGCCAAGGUCAAAGGGACUAACUCCACUUCCGUCUCAUGCUGGUAUGAGGGGGCUUUAAGAGAUGAGGAAGUGAGGGCUCAAACCAGAAUUGGCUCCAUGGAUAAUACUACUGCAUGUUCCUUGCAUAGAAUCAUUCCCCAGAUUCCCGGGCCUGACUGA